UUCUCUUAUGAACACAAUUAGCAAUAUUCUGAGUUGUUCUCGUUUUAGCCUUGUUGGUCGCUCUACACAACUCAUACAGUUCGUGUACAGCGAGCUGGAUCCAUUACAGCAAAUUCUUGAAAGAUUGGACAAGACAAGUCCAAGCAGGAGCAGGAAGAAGGUGAACGCUUUGGAUGGAAAAAUCAAAGAGGCAGUAUGGAUAUUUGAAGACGCAUUGGAAUCCCUUCUCACAAAACAGAUUCGCUCACAAUCACAAAGUCUUCCAUUUCCAGAGAUACUCUUUAUUGAUCUGCAGAGUCUGCAAAAUGGUGUUGAUUUCUUGAUCCAGGCACUCCAGGGUGUGGUGAAGGCCUACAUUUAUGAAGUUGACAAUAUGCCUCAAGACCAACCUAUUUCCUCAUUCAUUGGUUUCCGGGGAACCAACUCAAAGAUGGUUGGAUUAUCUGACCAAUUCCAACGAAUCAAAACUGAUCUUAUCGUCGGCUUGAAUCGUUUGUACGCAAUUUAUGGAACAGCCGGCAUUGGGAAGACGACUCUAGCUAUGCAAAUUUAUCAAGAUCCAGAUAUUCAGAGCAAAUUUGAGUGUCGGGCAUGGGUCACCGUAGGCAGAGUACCUCAACCGUUCCAUCAAAUUUCACGAGGUAUUAUUGCUCAACUCUCUGGAUUAUCAACUCACACUGAAGGAGAUGAAGAAAUAGGUGACUCCUUGAAAAGAAUAUUACAUGGCAAAAAAUGCCUCGUUGUGUUGGAUGAUGUCUGGGAGAUGCAAAUAGAGGAUUUCUUGAGACAUUCCUCAUCAUACAUGAAAAUAGGAUGUAUUCAUGUGUUGCUUACUGGUCGACAUCGAAAAUUGAUCAAAUAUGGGCGUAGUGAAUCUUGGUACGAGGUGCGGUUUUUGAAUGAUGAAGAAAGUAUGGAACUACUAUGUGAGAAGGUGUUUGGUGACGAGAGUUGCCCUCCUCGACUUCACAAAGCUGCCAUCAAAAUUGCCAAGCUUUGUGAAGGUCUCCCACUCAUGAUACUCACUGUUGCUAGCAUCCUGUCAAAAUCCGAGCAUAUUAGAGAUCCAGUCUAUUGGAAUGAAGUAGCAGAGAAGAGAAACUCAGUUUUUGCAGACGCAUAUAAUGAAAUAUCAAAGGUACUUUUUCCCAGCUACAACUACUUGCCUCAACGUCUUAAAAUGCCUUUUCUCUUUAUGGGAGUCUUCCCUCACGAUUAUGACACACCCGCUCACAAGAUCAUCGUUAUGCUCACCGCUGAGGGGUUGUGGUAUGUUCGGGAAUGUCUGAGAGAGCUAGCUUUCGACUACAGUCUUGUUUUACGUAUCUUGAAGAGUGUAGAUAAAACUUCUGAAGAGUUUUUUGUUAGUGAAUAUAAAGCGUGUUGGCUUCAUUCUUCAUGGCGGUACGUGUGUAGAGUAGAAGCUUGUAAGAACAUGUUUUAUCAUGUCUUAAAUAAGUUAAUUGAUGCCGAAGAAGAAGGUCUAAAAGGUCUGCACGGUUUGUGUCUUGAAAAUAACAUGUUAUUUGGCAUCAAAAAGUUUUGCAACUCAGUGAGAUCCAAUUGUGCAUCCUCAACACGUUCUCUCCUUUUCUAUGGUCCUUACCACCAAUAUCCAAUCCAUAUAAAUGUCGGUUUCAGGUUGCUAAGAGAAAUAGAUGCUCUUACACAACGUUUUUAUACUUUCCCAACAGAAAUUUUAUCGCUAGUGCAAUUGAAGUACCUUGCUUUAACUUGCAAUGGAGAACUCCCUUCAACUAUAUCCAGACUUUUUAAUCUUCGAGUCUUGAUAAUCCAUCCACAUAUGAGCAUCAGACGUUGUGGAGCUCCAUCGUAUAUACCAGUACAAAUGUGGGAUAUACAAGAGUUAGAGCAUAUUGAGAUAUUGGGAAAGAGCCUCGUGGUUCCAUCUCAUGUUGAUUUACAUAAUCUCUCAACACUUAUAGGUGUAAAUGCUAGCAUUUGUACUGUCUUGGAACUCUCCAACAGAAUUCCUAACAUAAAGAAAUUAGACAUGCAUAUUGAGUUAACACCUUCUGAUGAACAUGAUAACCUUUUGAGUUGCUUUGGCUGCAUUUCGACACUUGAAAGUUUGGAAACGCUCAAAUUUUGUAUCACGAAUCCCGUGGUUAAGUAUGGUCAUGUUUUUCCGGUGAGUCCUAGAUCAUUGAAGUUGCCACGUUUUUUGAGAAAGUUGCAUUUGAGUGGUAUCGGCUUUCCUUGGGAAUACAUGGAUGCUAUCGGCUAUUUGCCUUAUCUUCAAGUGCUCAAGUUACGAUCGUACGCCUUUGAAGGCUCAAAGUGGGAAGCACAGACGGGGAGUUUUUUCGCACUUAAGUUUCUAUUGAUUGAAGAUAGUGAUUUGGUGCAAUGGACACCAGGACUUGGAAGCUUCCCUGAGCUAACAUACCUAAGUAUGAAACAUUGCUAUAAACUAAAAGAGAUCCAAGGGAGGCCUGGCUUUCUAGACCAAUUUCCAUGUACCAUAGAGAUUGAACUAGUGGACUGCAAUCCUUUAGUUUUGAUAUGGGCCAACCAAUUACAACCAUGUAUCGGCAUUAUGCUUCGUGUUAUUGCGUCUUCUUUUUUUGACGAGAAACCGACAACUUUCAAAUGUGAAAGGUAUGGAGGUUACCAUAUAGCUGAGCAGGAAAGGUUAGACAAAGAAGAGAACAAAGUGGAUGACUUUGAAGAAAUUGCUAAUCGGGAUGAUCGUGAGGAAGCGAAUGGUGAUGCAUAUAUAACUUGUGAUACUGAAGGCGAGGGCGCUAAUGAGGAUAUAACUGAGGAAAGAGUGAUGGCGUAUACACGCACGAUCAUGAGGUUACGGAAGAAGAUUAUGAUGAAGAAAUUGCAAUUCGAGGAGAGGAUGGUGAAGAUGAGGGGAACGAGGAAGAGAAUGUUGAAGAAGAUGGUAGGCUUAUGCCGUAGCAACGACGUCAAGGAGCAAUGAGAGCACUUUCAGGAUUUGAAUAAGCUGCUACAAACUUAUACACAUGUAAUGUAAUUAUGUAAAUCAAAGCAUGAUGAUUCUACAACUUUUGAAGUGACUUCUUUAUAUUUUGAUUUGAUUUUCAACAUAUGAAGCAGCAAUAUUGUAUUAUUGGAUUGUCACCUGACUUUAAGAUCUGUAACAUGUGUUGAAUUCUUUUGAGGAUUAUAAAUUGAGUGAUUAUGUAUGGA